AUGGAGAAGGCCUCGAAUCAACUACAGAAAGAAUGCCCCAAGUGUCAGUCAUACAUCCGGGAGGAUGAGAGUUGCUUUGAAAUUGAUACCCCUGACUGGAGACAAGUCUACAUUGACUAUCUCAAAAAGGGAACACUACUUGAGAGCCCGAGGGACAUUCCACACCUCAAGAGGAGAGCAAGGUGGUACUUUCUUGAUCAGGACAAGCUUUACAGAAGAACUACAGAAUUAAGUACAAAGUGGGUCGAAGCAAUCCCUCUAAAGAAAGCUACGGGUCCCGUAGUCUCGAACUUCAUCAAGGAAAAUAUCAUUUGCCGGUUUGGAGUACCAAACACCAUCCUCUCGGACAAUGGCACUCCCUUCAUAAACAAAUAUGUGAAGAGCCUCCUAGAGACUUACCAAGUGAAGCAUCAUAAAUCCACACCCUACUAUCCAAAAGGGAACGGGCAAGCGGAGGCCACAAACAGGACACUGAUAAGGAUUCUGAGCAAGAUGAUUGAUGAAUUUGGGGGGACUUGGUCCGAACAAUUAAUAGUAGCCCUAUGGGCGUAUCGCACUUCAAAGAGAAAGCCAACUCAAGCAACUCCUUACUCCCUUGUAUAUGGGUCCGAGGCUGUGUUACCUAUAGAGUUAGAAACACCAUCUGCUCGAAUGGCUCUCGCCUCGGGGAUGGUACUGGAGCCUCGAACCAUUAGAUUGGAAGCAUUAGAGGAAAAGCAUGACAGAGCUGCAAAAGUCAUGGAAAGGUAUCAUGAGUCCAUCGCCCGAGCCUAUAAUCAGACUGUGGUGCCAAGAAAGUUCGAAGAAGGUGAUCUAGUACGGAAGAUUGUAGACCCAAUCAUGCGAGGACAACCCUUGCCCAAGUUUUCUCCAAAAUGGAAAGGGCCCUACAGGGUGGUUCAGGCAAGCUCAAGCGGGUACUACAAGCUUGUAAGGGUUGAAGAUGGCUUUUGA